CCCAGCCUCUGCGCCGAGAUUGCGGAGCUGUGUGACGUGCCGAAGCCGCAAAGUCCGGUGUGACAAGCUGUCGCCAUGUUCCAAUUGCCGGCGGGCGAAUAUCGUCUGCGUCGUGCCCUCGAGUGACCACCCGCCCCGCUGGGCGCGUCGUCUCGAGCGCAUCGCCAACGGUGCUGCUGCUACUGCAGUAGCAUCAGAAUCGUCAGACAAUCAGACAUCCCAGGUACCUCAGGCGGCGGCACAAACCGCCGAUCCUCGCGUGGACCAGGUCAUGGAGAGGCUACGGACGCUCGAGGCCCUCGUCACGGAACUGAACGGCCAGCUGGAGCAGGCUCACAGCACGGCGAAUUCUGUCGCGGGGAGCUCACCUGGGCUAGACCGUAACGCGGAGCACCAGCAACGGAGCUCGUCGUCGCCUGCCUCGGAGGCAAGCAGUUUUCAGAAGCAGUUCGGUAGGCUUGUCCUCGAGGAUGCCAACCGGAGCCGUUACAUCAGCAGCAGCUUCUGGUCUCGCGUCAGCGACGAGUUGGAUGUGUUGAAGAUGGAAACCCAUGGUCUUGCGGGCGACGAUUCGGAUACGUCAGAGGAUGAGGAGGAGCCAGCUGUGGACAGGGCAGAGCUGGAGUCAACGCCGUUAGAACGACAUGCGUUUCUAUUCCGACAUAAUCUGGGUCUCUCGGGGUCCAAGCUGUCGGACUUUCGCCCAUUACCGUCACAGAUUCCUUUUCUACUGGAGGUGUUCGCCGAGAAUGUGAACCUUCCGUUGCAAAUCCUCCACAUGCCCACCAUUACACGGAUGGUGCGUGAUUUACGUGGCAGCGACGAGGCCAGUCUCACCCCGUCCAACGAGGCCCUGAUGCUCUCGAUCUACUACGCAGCAAUCACCUCGAUGGAGGAAGACGACGUCAUGACCAACUUCGGGUCCAGCAAACAGGAUCUAAACGUAAAAUACCGGCGAGGUUUAGAGUACGCGCUUGCGGCAGCCGAUUUCCUCAAUGAACCCGAUCUAGUCCUGGUACAGGCACUCGCCAUCUUCCUUUGUCUAUUGCGGCGCCACGAGAGCCCGCGGUUUGUGUGGAUGAUGAUGGGGUUGUUGAUCCGGAUGGCCCAGGCGCUCGGCUUGCAACGUGAUGGCAGCCACUUCCCGCACCUGAGCCCGUACGAGAUCGAGAUGCGGCGGAGGGCGUGGUGGUGUGUGUGUAUGCUGGACAUUCGAGCCUCCGAGGACCAGGGAACCGAGUUCACGAUUACCGACGGGAGCUUUGACACCAGGCUGCCGCUGAAUAUCAACGACAGCGAUAUCGGGCCCGAAUCUGCGCAGGCGCCCGCGGAGCGCCAGGGCCUGACUGACAUGUCGUUUGCAUUGAUGUCCUUCAGCACAUGUGGUCAUGUGCGCCAGAUGAUGGCUCUGACGGGCAAGGAGGACACGGGUCUAGACCGACAGAGCCAGCUGCUGAACGCGAUGUACGAGCACCUGCAGCAGGAGUACCUACAGUACGCGAGCGAGUCGUGCCGUGUCAUCCACUGGGUGGCGGUGACGAUCACGCAGCUGGUCGUGGCCAAGAUGACACUCUACAUCUACCUGCCCGUGCUGUUCUUCUCGCCCAGCGACCGCUUCUCGGAUGAGGUCCGGGCCAAGCUGUUGACCGCGGCGAUCGAGGUGGCCGAGUACAACCACGCGCUGAAUGCGGAGCCGCGCUGCCGCCAGUGGCGCUGGGGCUACCAGACGUACACGCACUGGCACGCAAUUGUCUACCUGCUCAUCGAUGUCUCGCGGCGGCCGUGGUCGCCCAUGGUGGAGCGUGCCUGGGUGGCACUGCACAGCAGCUGGCUGAUCCCCGCGCAGUCGUACACGGACAAGAGCCGCCGUAUCUGGGUGCCGCUGCGCAAACUCAUGUCCAAGGCUCGGAAGCAUCGCCAGGCAGAACUCGCCCGGAUCAACCGCGACCCUGCCGUCGCGGAGCAGCUGGAGCGCGACGACCGUCGGAUCCCUGUGCCGGCCAGUCCGGGUCCGUUCCCCGCCGGAUCGGACGCUGUCCAGCUGUUUCGCGAGCGCUGGCGGCAGCUCGUCGCUGGCGGAGUGGUUUCCAUAGACAACCAAGUCGUCCACUCUAACCAGCCGAUCAUGUCUGGCGUUGGACUUUACCCGGGCAACCCCCCUGCUCCCCCUCUUCCCCCAACUGCCCCAGCCGACUGGUUCGGUCCGGGCAUGGCCGACUUUGUACCGUGCCUGUGGCCUGAAGACUCGGGGGAUGUGGGCGACGAGGUGGACUGGUAUAACUGGGUUGAGUCUGCCAGAAGUAUAGAACCGAAUAUAUAGUACAGAAAUACCACAACGCUAUACUCUACUACAUACUCUAGACCCUAUAAUAUAUUCUAUAAGUGAUACUACUAUAAGUAUUAUCAGC